CUUUCGCUUUUUCGUUUACCCAACCCCCUCUCCUCUCUCUCACUGCUCUCCUCUCUCUCUCUCUCCUCCUUUCUCUCGAAAUGGAAGGAGCAGGUAAGAGGCGUCCAAAAACAGCAAUAAAAGAGAGGAAAUGAAAAAGAGGAGAAGCGCUUUUUCUCCAAUUUGAAUCCAUUUUUCCAUUUUUUUUUUCUCUGCCUCUUUCAGUGCGUUUCUGUCUCGGCGCUGAUUCUUUGGUCGUUUUUUUAUGGCUUCGUUGGUUCGGUUUUGUUCCAUCCUGUCUUCCUUCUGUACUCUACUUGAAUAAGAGGGGAUUUUAACAUGGGUAAACUAACUUAGAUGCGCCACAGUGAUCUAUAACAACUUGUGAUGUCGCGCCCUUCACACCUUCCACCUCGCCCAUUGCAAAACAAGUGCCUGCGGACACGUUCAUUAGAUUCGUCUGACCUAAUUUCACAAGGAGAUGAUCAAGUUCUUCCAGAACUCUAUAGAUACCCCUCUAUGGAUUCUCUUAUAGAAGAGAAUCCCUCCUGGCUAGAUGACCUCUUAACUGAUUCGGAUUCUAGCCCCCAAGUAAGAUGCCAUCGGAGGUCUGUAAGUGAUUCUCUGACCAUUUCCCCAGGCUAUGUUAACCUGAGCACACUCGCGCACCCCACCACCAUAUCAAAUGUUUCAAUCCAUGAACCUCAAGCUGCUGCUGGGAGUAUGAAUGGUAGUGGGCUUGAAGCAAAUUGUGUUUAUGGUCCUAAUUCACCAAGACAAAUGAGCAAAUUAACCAAUUCAGAAAGUGCAAUGGUGAAUGCCCUACUUGAAAAGGUUCCUCCAAAAAAAUUACAGUAUGUUGAGAUCUCUGGUGGCAGCCGAAUUCAUGAGCCUGGUCAUGAUGAGACUGCUAGUGCUGAGCCUGAGCUUGAGAGAACAUCAAGAAGGCGCUCAGGGCAGCGAUCGAGGGUUCGGAAGCUUCAGUAUAUAUCUGAUCUCCAGAAAACUGUCGAGUCUCUUCAGACCAUCGGAGCAGAAUUAGCAGCCAAGGUUGCUUCACUCUUUCAGCAGCGAGUUGCACUUUCUUUGGAGAACAACUCUAUGAGGCAACAGAUUGCCAUUCUUCGGCACCAGAAAAUCAUCAAAGACGGUGAACAUCAGUACCUAAAGAAUGAGGCUGAGAAACUGAAGAUGAUUUCUGGACGACAUCGGAGGAGCAAAAGCAUUUCUGCCCCUUUCUUUGAACCAGGCCUGCGUGAGAACAUUCACUCAGAAACAACUUGGCAAUCGUUGGAUUUUAGAAGGCUUAGCUUUGGCGAGGCUUCAGUUCCCUUGGACCAUGGCUUGGGACAUUAGUGCUUAUUAGUUCAAAAAUUCCCUACUAUAGCCUUAGAUGCGUUCUUGGGGUUGAAUUAUAACUCUUUUUCUCCUUUUGAUAAACAUUUAUAUUAGCUCUGUGAAAUGGUAGGUUACAUUAUGUUGGUUCUUAGUUACAAUGAUAGAAAAUUUGAGAGUGGAAUUCCCAGCUCCAUGGAAGUCUUGUUAUCCAGCCUUUAGGCUUAUUGGUGGAAACAUUGGAAGACUGCAAAGCUGUUUUAAUCA